ACUGCAGAUCGCACUAUCGAAUCAUCGAUAGACCGAUAAGCCUGCCCGACAAAUCGAAGGCAGUCGUGUUUAUAAUUUGCGGCACCGAGGUUUGCGGCGCGCGUUGGUAAACCUAAAACAAAAGUAGUUACGGUAAACAAGUAAAUGUGCAGCGUUCUAAUUUAAUUGCGCUAUGAAUGUGUAAAAGCACACCUGCACAAGGCUGCAAUAAAAGCCACCUUUGAUUUUUGUUUAUAUGUUCGGGAUUUCAUCGUAUUCAUCGUAUUCCGCGUCUUAAUGUGUUUAAUUGUUAAUGCUCGUACGCAAAGUGAAUUGCCAGCAACUGAGGGGCUAAAAAGUGCCAAAAAGAGCCAGAAUCAAAAAAAAGAAGCGGCUAAAGAGGAAUAAGCGAAAAGGAAGCAACGGAAACGGUGUUUUGCUCUCUUUCUCCUCUCUCAUCCUCGCCAUGUGUGUGCGUGUGCAAGUGUGUGUGUUGGCGUCGCUAAAAAGUGCAUGUGAAUAUUAGGCAGAUUUAAGAAAGGCUACGCAAGGUAAAAUAAAAAUCAAUGCACAAAAUAGGAAAAUUGGUGACAAACAAUUCAUAAGUGGCUUACAUGAAGUAAGGUUUUUAUGUGAAAAACCAAAAUCGACUGCAGUGCGUGCACUUGUGUGUAUGUGCCGCUGCAUAUGUGUAUGUGUGCAGUGUGGAAAUAAAGCGAAAGAAAAAAAAAACAGUUUUUGCAGCCGGGGUACAAAUUCCAAUUGGAAUCUGAAGGAGCACCAAAUCCCAUUCGACGCAUGCGUGGCUGCCAAAAAAAAAGCAACCGAAAGUGAAUUGAAUGGCAUCGACUGGAUCCGAUGGAUAUGUGCUCGCCGCAAAGUCACUGAAUGAAUUUCGACUUUCGCACAAUUUGCGCGCUUUUCACACUCGAUUAUUGGAAUUGAAUUAGAUACGCAAACUAACCGACAUUUUAUCAAAAUAACGAAACAAGUAUUUUGCAUAAAAACGAACGGAAAUCGAAAGGAACGCCCUGAAGGUCAUUGCCAGGGAGCGGAACGCCGGCAUCGAAACGGAAAAAAAAUGCAAAUAAGAGGAAGCCAGGCAGACAUGCAAAUAUUGGGCGAAUUUUGAGGGGUUUGAUUAACAUAACUCGCUCUCUAAAUAACAUAUAGUACAUCCCCCCAUGCACACGCCCCAUGGAAUAUAAAGCCAAAUAAGGUUGGUAAACAAUGGAAAUGCAACAGGAAAGCGAAACGGGUGGAGAAGGGGUAGUCCCGAAACCAGAGAAAGAAGUAGCGUUGAUAAGUAACCAAGAGACUGAAAAAGCGGCCAUGUUAAAUGGUGGAAAAGAAGGUUCGGCGAGGGAUUCGGAGUCCCCAAACGAAACCGCCACCACCACCCGAAAUAAGGAGCACACAACGAAACCCCUUAAACUGGAUGGCAUUUUUGCCAUGCCAGCCACUCCCCCAAAUAAGGCCGGCCUAACCACUAAAUCGGCCAGCAGUAGCCGUAGCAGCUCCCUCAAAAAGCAGAGGCGAGGAUCCCGAGGAGGUGCCAAUUUGAAUGUAGCGGGCACGGUGGAUGGAGCUCCUAAAAGCAGCGCCCCUGGCGGCGGACAGCUAAACUACGGCAACAACAGUGCUGGAAACGACCUUAUGAAGCAAUCGCAGUCCAUGACGUCACUGCAGGCCUCAAAUGAGGAACAGCAGGAGAGUCGUGACGUCAUCCAGGCCAAACUUCACCUGGAACGGCCCUACAACAGCCUCAAGAAAAACUCGCAUAGCAAUAAAAUGCACCGUUAUUCGUGGGGAAGCGGAAACAGUCAAUGCAGUUCCACCAGUCUGCACAGCAGCGCCACCUUGGGGCUGAGCUCGUCUGGCAAAGACGACCUCUGGGCGGCCAUACAAACGAACUACAACUACAUCAUGGACACGAACCUCUUGGACACUUGUAAGGAGGCGCGCUGUGAGAUAGAGGGCGCUGCCACGGUGUUGGAGAAGUCCAGUGAAUGUUGCUUUAAGAUGCUCGAUGAGACCCAACGUCCGGAGGGUCUCUGUGAGGAUCCCAAGGAGUUGCGGCGUUGGCUGCGCGAAAUGGAGAAUAAAUUGGAGAGUUCGCCGACAAUCACAGAGCUGACUUUGUUUGGCAACGCGGAAUUGCAGCGCCACCUAGCAGUACACUCGGUGUUGUACCAUGAAAUUGCAUCACACGCUCGAGUGGUGAGCUCUUGCAUUCAGGCCGCCAAAAAGGAGCAGCAACUCCAACAGCAGCAGCAACAGCAGCAGCAGCAACUGUCGAGUCAGCAACCCGCCUCAUUGACCAGCAACUGCUCCAGUGAGUCAACCAGCGAAUCGGCCACAAAGUCGAGCAGCCUGAGCAGUGGUUUCGCCUCCGAUCCGCUGGCCACACCCAUAGGAAUAGGAACCGCAGCAGCUGCCCCGCCUCCAAGUGGCACCCACCCGUCCAAGAAGGGGGAGGGUAACUUGGAGCGACUUAGGGAUCGCUACCAUCUCUUGUAUCUGAAGGCGUUCGAGCUGCAGUUGUGCCUGGAUAAUCUGCUCAGCAAGCGCAGUUCCACAGCGACUGGUCUGGAUGACGACGAGGACGAAGAGGAGGACACCGAAGACGACUCCUUUGGCUACGAGGGCGAGGCCACCGAGGACGAUCUGAACGAGGUCAACUCGGAUCUCGAUCUAGAGAACAGCGAGUCCAAGUCGGCCACCCCCGCGGAACUCAUUCUCCAGCGCUGCCAGAUUGCAGCUACCCAGAUUGUGUGCGGCCUGGACGAGAUCCACUCCCAGUCCCAGUCCCGGUCACAGCAAGUCCCAUCCCAAGCGAAGUCGCCGUCAGCGGAUCAGCCACGCGAUUGUCUUGCACCUCAAAAGCCCGGCGAUGAGGCCGACGAGGAGCUAGAGGAGGAGGACGAGGACGAGGAUCCUGAUCUCGGCACCGAUGUGGUGGACUUCCUGAUUGCCAAGCGAUCGUGGAGGCAGGCGAGCCACCCGAAUCCCAGUGGAACAGCCACCCUGACGGAUUUCGAGGCGGAUUCAGAGAGCAGUGACUUCGAGCAGGUGCAGCAGCUGAGCAGGAGAGGAUUACCCCCAACAGUGGGCAGCACCCGACGGGUCCUUAACCUCAUUGAGAUGCCCCAGAGCAGCAACAGCAACACCAACAGCAGCAACUCGUUGCUACAGCAGCGGAAUCACAAUAUUGGCAGCAAAAUGCUGCCCAACAAGGCGCACGGCAAGAACAUUGCCGUGGCGGUAAUCACGCCCAAUUCACAUGGGAACACCAGUCACGGCCAUGGGCUCGGUCACGGACUCGGCCACGAGCUGAACAAGUCGCCUUUGGGGCUGCGCAAGACGCGUCAUCACCACAAUGACACCUCCAAGUUCAACCGAUCCAAUCGCAAGUCCAAGAACUGUGCGAUCUUCUACUUCAAGCACCUGGACACGGACAACGAGCAGGGGAACGCGGCGGGCAGUGAUCUCCAGAGCGAGGAUGAUCCGAGCCUGAUCCACCGGCGCAGAGCUGCAUCUGGAGGCGACAUACUGAAAUCGGCUGAUGCCUCAACGGAUGACGACGACGAAGGUUGGCUCUACACGGCGACAGCAGCAGCAACAUUGGAAGUUGCCACAGCAGCAACUGCAGCACCGACUGCCGCAGCAGCAACUGCGAUUGUGGACGGUCUGCAGUCCACAGCCAUCUCCUCGACCACGGCCACGGGUGGACCACUCCCGCCCAGCGACGACUCCGAUAAGGAGAACAAGGUGGCUCUGGUCAGCGCCACGGCAACUGCAACUGCAACUGCAACAUCCAUUGCAACACUGCACGGCAGCAGCUACGACAGCAGCAGCGCCUGUUCCUCCUCCAAUUCGCAUUCAAAUUCGAAUUCCAACUCCAACGGCAGGCUCACGGAGACCUCGGCCACCUCGCGAGUCACCCAGCUACAGAUGCAGAUUCACUCGCACUCGCAGUCGCAGUCGCAGAUGGAGCUCCAAAUCAAUGGCAAUGCCAUCGACGGCAGACACAUCAUUAGCAACAACAAUUGCUACAGCAGCAUGCAACACCAGCCGCAAAACAACAACGAGGGGGAGGCAGCCGAGGAUCUGGCCAAGAUCAAGAUGGGUGUCGAUGAGGCAGCUGCUGCUGAUUUGGCGAAUGGGAACGCCGGCAAAUCUCCGCAGAUAAGCAGCAGUUUGUACAGCCGCGCGGACACCUGCAACUUCAGCGUUUGGGCGGCAGAAACUGUGACCAGUUGCCACUUGCCCCCGCGAUCCCCAGCCAAGUCGGCCAAGUCCUCGAAGUCCCAGGCCAGCAAUGCCACCAUGUCCGCGUCCACGCUCGUCUCCCCAGCCAAGGGCAAGGUCUCGCAUGAUUCAAUCAAGCAGUUGGUGCUGGAAGCCGAGCAUUUGGUGCGCGACGCCCAAGAGACCGCACUGAAGACGCCAACCAAGCAGAAACAUUCCAUCAUUAAGAUCUCGUCGACGGUCAAGAAGCGCGAGGUCACUAUGCCCCAUCCCAUCAAGCAGCGUGUGGAGGAAUGGCUGGAGCACCAGCCCUCGACCCCACAGCUGCUGACCCGCAGCCACACGCACGAACUCCUGCCCAGCUGCAAGCCAGAUGACUGCGAGGCCUCCGGAGAGGCAUCCGAAACGGAUUCAGUGCCCCAAGCGGGAGCAGGAGUGGCAGGAGGCGCACCCAAUGGUGCGGGUUCGGAUUCUUCGGAGGGCUUCACCGAUUCCAUUGCCACAUGUAUGCAAACGAGCACGAAUUCCUAUGGGAAUUCCACGGAGAGGAUCGGUGGAUCGGCUGAGCCCAUUGGCCAGCCCGUCACGCCCCUGGGCUUUGGCAGCAGCAAUCAGAGCCUGAAUGUAAAGAUUGUGAAGCGAACGCAAACGCGUCGCAAGUCGGAGAGACCAUGGUCGGUCUCGUGUCUGUCCCAGUUGACCACGGAUGCAGCCCAGUUGACCACGGCCCGGAUUGUGGAGAACUCUCCGCCCGGGCUGGCCAGUCACUCGAUCAGUGAGAGUGCCCUGGACUCGCUUUCGCCAGGACCAAGGCCGCGGGCCGCUUCUUCCUCGGGAACGGGAAGCAAUGCAGCCAAGAAGGCGGAUAGCAAGGGGUCAUUGAGGAGGAGGAAGGCCAGAAAGAAGCGCAUUUCGGCCGCGUCGGCUGGCAGGAAAUCGGAUUCAGGUUCCGAACUGGGCGGAGAUCUCACCCAGACACUGAUGAAGUCCUGCGAGUCCAUGUCCUCGCAGCAGCUGCAGGAGUUCACCAAUGCCCUGCUGAGCAUUCAGAAGGGCGCCGCCGUUGCUCCUCUGAGUCCCAAGGGCGAGGCCUCUGGAGGAGUACUUUCACUGGCCGAGGGCGAGGGCGAGGGAGCGGAAACCCAGCUGAUGCUGCCCAAGUUCCGGGUGGGGUCCUUCACCACAGCCGGCCUAUUAGCUACGGACACGAGGCUAGGCGCCUUGGCUGCCCUCUCAAACUACAUGAACGAGGACGAGCAACAAGCAGAACUCAGCACCGAGGACCAUCACAGCAGCAUCUCGGAGACGGCUUGGGACAACUACCAAGAGAAAUACAACUCGGAGAACUAUUCCGAGGGCUUCGACUCCGAUGCGGCCCGGCGUCUCUUGGAAUUUGGCGACGACUAUCGCAAUUUCAUCGACUCGCAGUCGGACUGCUGCAGUUCUCUGUCGGCGGCCAACAAUCUGGACUCGUUCUCGCCGCCGCGCAUGGACUCACUGCAGAAGCACGAGCUGAAGACCCUCCACAUCAACCAGGACACAAUCACCAGCAGCGUGGACCACGCCCGCCGCCAGCGCGCCCUUGAACUGCAGUACGAGCGUCGUCGCAAGACCCUGGAAGUCCGACGAAAGUCUUGCCAAGACAUGGAUGAGAGCCUGAUUGCUGGCUCCCAGUCGGAGCAACAGCAGCAGCAAUUGCAGGUCACGCCUUCGCUGUCUGCCUCCGCCACCGCCCUGAUGACCACGCCCAAGAAUCAGUCGAUCAGCCAGCAGAUUAGCCAUCGCGCUGAGUCUGUGGGACGCAAGUUGGACUUUGGCGGAAUGAGCCACUCGGCCCAGUCCCUGCUGCGUCGCACCUCGGAGAGCGAUACUUCGACCAGGAGGCGACGCACUGUGACGGCGGACGAGAGAAGACGCUCCUCCCGCAACCUGGAGAAGUGCAUCAAGCUGAUUCCAGCCACCACUUCCUCGUCGAGUGGCUCCGACUCCGAGGACGGAGAGCAGGAGAUGCGAUCCCUGCUGCAGCAGAGCCGCGACAGGCUGGACGACACCAGAGCCUUGAAGAUCAGAUGCCAUCUGCUUAGACCAGAGGAUUAUAACGAGAUCAUCAACACUUGCCGCGACAACAUCCGCUGCCUGGAGGCCGUGCUGCGCGGUCCGCCCGGCACCGUGUUGUCCAACCACUGCGCUGGCCAGACAAAAGAUCUGCUCGCCGCCUGGGAGGACCUACUUGGCUGGAGCGAGAAUGCCUCGGCUGCCCGCAAAUUGCAGCAGGAGAUGAGUGCGUUGAAGAGCUCGCUGCAGCGUCUGGGGGACAAGCCCACUCCGGAGCUCCUCGACACGGAGCCGGCCAUCCAAAUAGCAGUGGAGGCUCUCAAGUUGGAGCAGACCCAACUGGCCAGCUACAGGACCAACAUGCUGCGUCUCAACGCCUCCGUCCACAGCUGGCUCACCAGGCAGGAGCGCCGAUUGCAGAGCGCCCUGGAGGAGCAGGAACAGGAGCAGGAGCAGCAACAGGAGUCCGAACAACUCAAGCAGCAAAAACCAGUGGAGGAGGAGAACGCUGCUGACGUCCACAAGGAACUGACGUCCAGCGGAGCAGUGGCCAUCACGGUCACCGACAGCAAUGGCAAUCAGGUGGAGGCUCUGGCCACAGGAGAAGCCGCCACCUCCACGACAGCCUGGGAUGUGCACUCGCUGAUGUCCGCGGAGCAGGAGUUCCACAAGCAUCUGAAGAACGAAGUGAGCGACAUGUACAGUGCCUGGGAUGAGGCGGAUGCCAGAAUCAACACGCAACUGGAAGUGCUCACCAACUCGCUGAUUGCCUGGAGGCAGUUGGAGUCUGGUCUGAGUGAGUUCCAAUUGGCUCUGGGCCAGGACAGGGGCACCCUGAAGGGUCUUGAAGGAGCGCUGGACAAGGGACAAGCCACACCAGUGGAGCUGGCCCAGAAUGUGAAACUGGUGGCCAAGCUGCUGUCCGAAAAGGUGCACGUUAGCCAGGAGCAACUUUUGGCCGUACAGCAGCACCUGGACCCCAACCACAUCUACCACAUCACGAAGUUUACGGCCUCGAAUGGUUCGCUCUCUGACUCCGGCAUCUCCGAUGGAGGAGCUACUUCCGAUGGCGGCCUGUCCGAGAGGGAGCGACGCUUGGGCGUUCUUCGGCGCCUGGCAAAGCAGUUGGAACUGGCUCUGGCGCCCGGAAGCGAAGCCAUGCGUUCGAUUGCCGCCCGCAUGGAAAGUGCCGAGGCGGAGCUGAAGCACCUGCAGAACACCUGCAGGGAUUUGAUUGUGCGCACUGCAGCUAGCCACCAGCAGAAGCAGCAGAUCCAGCUGAAUCAGAGCCAGCAGCUCUCCCCGAAGGCCAAUGGACAGCUGAAGAAGCAGGCCGCCAAGGGCAGGGGAGAACCGCAGUCGCCUGGCAGACGGGGUAAGGGAGCACGGAAGGCGCGUCAGGCCAAGAAGGCUGGAGAGGAUCAGCAGGAGGAGGAGUUGGAGCUCAGCCCAGAACAGCAGAAGAUGGUGCUGAAGCAACUCAAGACCUUGACAAGUGGCGAUGGUGGCGACGACCCCUCUGACGAUCCCUCCUCGCUCUUCAACCUGGAGAGCUCCGAGGAGGAUGGCGAGGAAGUGGAUCCUGCACAGGCCUCCAAGCGCGGGUGGGCGUGGCGUAUCGCGAGGGCGGCGGUGCCCAUGCAGGUGGCCCUGUUCACAAUCUUCUGCGCCGCCUGCCUGAUGCAACCCAACUGCUGCGACAAUCUGAACAACCUGUCCAUGAGCUUCACUCCGCAGCUGCGCUACAUCCGUGGACCACCUCCGAUCUGAGGACAGCACGCCACUAAUUAAGCAGGCCGCUAAUCGUUGUAGGUUACCGUUACGUUAUGUUAAGGCAUUUAACAGCUGUAACUAGAGUUAACCAGCGCUACCAGCGCAACCAGCCACUUAGGCAGAGCCACCAAGAGCUCGCUUUUGGCGCGCGUUUUCCGCGCUCGAGGUUUUAGAAUCCCGAACAGAGCGCUCUCGUCCGCAAGGUGCGACACCCAGAGGGGCAGCCCAGUUUUAUAUGUCUAAUUUAGGUAGCGAGCGCGAAAAGGAACGCAAUUUAUAGUAAGGAUGUAUUGUUAUUUCGGUUAAUUUCCUACGAGUUUAGGUUGCUGUUCGAUGGAACACUGAAGAUGUACUUAGGCGAGGAGCAGCCAAUGCCCAGCCACGUGUAAACUGCCGCAUGAAGGAACAGAGGGGCAGAUCGUCCUACCCAGUAAAUAUUAUACAACACAA